AUGAAAAAAAUCAAUUUCACAUAUCAAACCAAUAUCUCAAGUCAAAAUCAUUUCCUUUUUAAAAAUCUUCCUCAUCAUCAUCCUCAUCAUCAUCAGCAGAAAAUGUAUUUUAAACAUUUCAAUCAAUCGACUAAUCUAUUGAAUACUUAUGAUGUUUAUGCAGAAGCUCGUUGUUUAUUAAAUGAAUGGAUGAUUAAAAACACAUUGAACAAUGAAAAUUUCGAAAAUGCCACUGAUGAUGAUUACGAGCCAAUCAGCAUUACUCCUAGUCGAAAAGAAAUUAAACGAGAAUGGGAUCAUCUUUAUCAAAUUAACAAUUGGGGAAAUGAUUUUACAGAUGAUGAUUAUGAAGUGAAAAGUAUGCACUAUUUAGAGCAUGAUUCUAAAACUACAAAUUCACAUCAUUCGGACUAUUCAUCGAAACGUCAUUCAACAUUGGAUAAAAUUCUUUUACGUCAAGAAGAAGCUAAAGCACGUCGUGAACUACGUCAAAAAGAAUUGGAAUCACGUCGUCUACGUGAAGCGAAUGAUCGACAAAUGAAAGCACAAAUUUUAUACAAAGCAAAACAAGAUGAAAAAUUGAGGCAAGCAGAAGAGAAACGAGAAGAAGAAUUAAUUCAUCAGGAGAUGGUUCGAGUACGGAAAGAAUUAGAACUAGAAAAACAAGCAUCCAUUAAAAACAAGUAG